GAAUUAUAUACAUAAUUGUUAAAUUCAAUUUCCAAAAAUUGAAUACAAUCAGUCACAUGUCAGACAAGCGCUUUGCUUUCUAAAGCCUCAUUCUUAUUUUAAUCUUUUCAAUUCUGAAAGCUGUUACAAUUGUGUUGACGGAACCGUCUCCCCAGAUCUGGGGUAUUAAGUCCCCAGAUAUAGGUCACUCAGUUUAGUCGAAAUGCGUCCAUUAAUUGUAUUGUUGCUUCUUAUAGUGGCUCAAGCCUGGUCCUUUUCAGGCUCCCCUCCUCGUUCCUAUGAUGGAUAUUCGGUGUAUAGGAUCCGCAAUGCAUCACCAGAUCAGAUCCAAAUUAUUGAUCAACUUCUAGAGCAACACGAAAGGUAUAACCAAUGGCUUCGCACGAGAAAUGAAAUCCACAUAAUGGUACAUCCAAGGGCACAGAGGAGUUUUCUCAAAACAAUGAUGGAUGCCAAAAUUGUUGUGGAAUUAAAGAUACCAAAUGUCCAAACACUCAUAGAUGGAGAAAAUAUAUAAGGAAUAAAUACGUAUGUUCCCGAUAAAAAUAAAUUAAAAGUAACAAAUUGUUAAUUGUAAUUUAAAUUUUAAUAUGGAAAAUGGAAAAAAUGCUAAGUGACUAGCUUAAAACUGAAGUGCGCAUAUUAAACUUAAUUCAGAAACGUUUCAAAAUAAAAACAUCAAUGUAAAAUUAA